AUGUUUUACGGCAAAGUAGUUAAGCCUGAUGAAACUGUAGUCCCUGAGGUUAAAGAUGGAUAUUCAGUUAUUCAUUUAUCAAGGGCCUGUUUAAAUAAUCCUGAACAUGAAGGAAAGAUAUAUGUCCAAGUAGAAGACGGAAAUGGAUGCUACAACAUAUGUUGCUUACAAAAAAAUGUAUGUGAAGAUACUCCAUUAGAUAUAUUUUUGAUGUUAGAUAAUGAUGUAAAAAUAAAAACUAGUGGAAGUUCAAAUGAAGUCCAUAUCGUAGGUUACUAUGAAGUGUCCUUUGGUCAAGAUAAUUUAGACGAAGAUGAAGAUGAAUUUGAAGAUGAGUUCGAUAACGACGAAGUAAGAAUGCUUACAAAGAAAAAUACCUUAAAAAAUUCUCUUUCCAAUGGUAUAUCCAAAAGAAAAAAAAACUUAGAAAACAACGAAGAUGAUGAAACAAACGUAGGAAGAAAUGACGAAGAUGACGAUGAUGAAGAUGAUGAAGAUGAUGAAGAUGAAGAAGAAGAUGACGACGAAGAAGAUGAAGAUGAUGAAGAAGAUGACGAAGAUGAUGAUGAUGAAGAAGAAGAAGAUGAAGAAGAUGAGGAUGAAGAAGGAGAAGAUGAAGAUGACGAAGAAGAUGAAGAAGAAGAAGAAGAGGAAGAUGAAGAAGGAGAAGAUGUUGAAAAUAAAAAGAAAGGAGGAGAUAAAAAAAAAAAUAAAAGAUCUUUAGAUAACAAAAGUGACGGUCCAUUAAAAAAAUCUAAAAUUGAUGAUGAAGGUCAAUUUGAAAAAGAUUUAGUAGCCUUCUUGAAAAAAAAUGGAAAAAGUAAAUUAACAGAAUUAGGUAAAGUUAAAAAACCAGAAGGACUUAAAAUGAAAUUAGGUUUCUUUAUUAAAAAACAUUCAAAUGUUUUCAAAUUUGAUACUGAAGGACAAAUUGUAUCAUUAAAAUAA